UUCGACAUCGCUGUACACUACUCACAGAGUCGCUCGAGUCGCUGUUCGGUCGUUCGUAUUUCGUAUUCAGUGUUACGAUCGCGUAACUUUGUGUUGUGUGUUACAAAAUAAUGCCUUUUAUCUCGAAAGACUGGCGUUCUCCGGGCGAAGAAUGGGUCAAAACACAGGAGGGAUGGGAAAAGAAGAAAGUAUUGGAAUGCACGGCGCAAAGAUAUGCCGCUAUCUCUAACUUUAAUAACCCAGACGAUAAUCAGCAGAAGUGGAUCGGAACCAGUGAUGAAGGAGACAAAGGAUCAGAAGAUGUUGUCGCCAGAGUACCGCCACACUGUCACAUCACGAUCAAAUGCACAAGAGAGAUUGCAGGCUUUAACGGGCUGUCCGAGGCGGUGCGACGGUUGGAUUUCUCCUCCGCAGUCCGCGACGUACGCAGGUUCAAUUACAUCUGUGCGCUGUUGGAGCUUCUACUCGGAGGGCAGAAGUUGACUAAUUUGCCAGGAGCAGCUCAGAAGCUACUGUUGUCUAUGCUUGAACAGUUGGCAGAUCACGUCGCACAAUCAAAACAGAACCUAAAUGCGCUUCGAGCAUUGCUAGUAGCGUUAUCAGCUUUACGUGAAGCGGAGCGACGUGCUUGCUGGGGUCGGCCGUUGGGUUCCCGCGCAUUGUGGGGACACCACGAUCACGCCAUCGCCAGAAUCAACCAUAUCGCUAAUAGUAUACGCAUUACGGAGCCGGGCCCAGAAGUAAUGCCAAAACUUCACGAUUUGCCUGAGGAGUGCAUCAGGGAGAUAUUGUUGAGGAUAUCGGAUCACAGGGAUUUAGAUUCAGCAUCCUCAGCGUGGCCAGUGAUGGCGUCGGUGUGCUCGGAGCAGCGUGUUUGGCGCGAGCUGGUCAUCUUCCACUUCACACCGCAACAAGUUGACUCCCUGCCAAAAGGAGAGGGCAAGGACGUUGACUGGAAGAAAGUCUUCCAUCAACUACGGAAGUUGUACGGGCUAAGGGAAGACGCUCAGUAUGCAGAGACUCUUUCCUUGUGCCGACACUGCAAGUGCCUUUUCUGGCGGUCGCUGGGCCACCCUUGCAUAGCCGAUCAGUGUCCGGAAUACCGCGAGCGACUGAAGGAGGCAGGUGGCCCCCUACCACCGCACCCCGUCCCGCCCGCAGCCUUCCUCAAGUUCUUCUCGCUUUAAAUACAGAUUCAAAAUAAUAUAAAGAAGCGCUUUUUAAAGGAGUACCGCAGCAUUCGCCUUAAGCCGUUCACAGAGUCGUAAUAAAUUACGUAACGGUGAUAAUUCUGUUAUACAUAAACUCUUAAUCUAUAACUAUGAAUAAAAAUUAAUCUCUGAAAAAUUUCGGAGAUUAAUUUUAAUUUUUUUACAACCAGAUUGGUUUUUUUUUUACCCUAUGACAUAUUUCAAUUUUUUUUCUUCUUUAUUCUUUCCCAUAGGGCAAAGGCAAAGGUAUAUACCGUACAGCCAAAUGUGUACCGUGAAAUGGGUACCAUUUGGAGGUUUAUAAUUUUUUUUAAUUAUGUGUAUUAAUAAUAUUGUGUUCGUUAAUGUCGGAACAAGGACUAUUUUAGCAUCAACGUGAAAAGGACUGCACUACUUUAAAACCGGCAAAAUUAUAUGAGAGAUAAAUGUAUAACAGAGUUAACACCAAUAUCGUAUUAGAUUCCUCUAUACCGUAUAACUAACAUAUCUUAGGUAUAAUGAUACAGAACCGUUCACGCAAUACCGCGUAAGUGGAACAGCUACCGGCUGCUCCCUUCAAAAACUGUUCGCACAAGUAUCCAAUGAAAAUGCUUCAGCGCUGGAUACUACAACUCAAAAGUUACUGAAUGUAAGGGGCAGUAAAUAAUAAUAACGGGAAAACAAAAUGAUCAUUUUUUUUAAGUUUAGUAAAAUGCCAAACUUUACUUACGCGGCAUGUGCAUUAACGGUAUAAAGCAAUGUUAGUUACGCGAUAUUAUUCACGAUGAUUUUAUUAAUAUUGUUAAGUGGCGUGCACUCCAUACAUGCAUUAAAACACUGCCUACACAAAAAAAAUAACUUUACGCUUUUUUUUUCAUAUCGUCAGCAUGCCAAAAACUCAUGCAUUGUGUACGCUACUAGUUUUAUAUGUAAAAUGUUAGUGACUAAACACUGGGCCACUGCCUGGUUACAUAAGCGAUCCAUCAUAUCAGGCGAUUCAACUUAAAAAUUGUCGGGAAUACACCAACCGAAAUUGAUGUUAUCACUUUUAGUCUUUAAUGAAUACCACAAUAGAAACUCCGAUGGCAAUACGCUUAAUGAGCAAGGUCGUGGCCAUGCAGAAAUUCACGUAAAUCAGGUUAGGUACGUAUCUAUACAAAGCAAUCGAGCUUGCCAGUAUCCUUAAAGUACAUUUCAGUGACGGAUUCGAAUUUUAAAAUUUAAAAAGUUCCUCAGUUCCCUUAGCAGAUUCCUGCACAGGCAAUCGUCGCUGUUUCAGUGUCGAAAUAGUAUAACGUCGCAGUAAAAUGGAACUUAUCUUUACCAAUUUAAAGCACAAAUUCGUCCACACUUCUACAGCCAGCAUUCUUUGAUGAACAAUUUUAAGAUUUAGCAACUCUAAAAUGAGUGCCAUUAAGUUUAUUUCAACUUUGACGUUAUUGUGUAUCGAUACUCAAAACCGCUUCCAGGAUUGCGGAAGUCUUCUACAAACUAAGAUUGGCAAAUUAGAACCUUAUAUACUAAGGGCAAAGCUUAUGUGUCACGCGGCAAAUUUUUAAGUAUCAGUAUUAAACAGCUCCUAAUUUAGCGUUUCUAAUCCUUAGUUUCUGAAAAAAACACUUGUAGUACAUACUCUAAGGUCACUGAACUUUUAUACCAGCUGAUCGAGGCAACUUGGUGACUGUCGACGACAUUCUCAGGUUUUGGGUAAUUAGACAUGAUUAAAUUCUGAUAAACCCACGACAAAAAUAAAUUCUAACAAUCUAGCUGCUAGUAGCUAUACCUGACGAGGUCUUUAAGUCCAUUAUCUUACUUGCCUUUUAAGGAAGAAAUCUGCCAGAUUAUAUAUUAUACUAAAAACUUGAUCACUAUAAAUAAAAAAUUUGGUAAUCUUAAGGUGACAGGAUGUAUAAAAAUCCACGUUUUUCAACAAUGACUUCAAAUCGUCCAAUAAAAUAGUUGGUCAAAAAUAUCAUAUUAAAAUAUAUAAAUAAGGAGUAAAAGUACCAUUUCAGUAUUUAAUUUUCCUUUUAUUACUAUUAGACAAAGUUGUAUAGCUUAUUCCUUCUGAUCGUUAAU